AUAUGUGGACAAAACUCAUCCCUGGGACUUGGGACUUGGGGCUAUGCCGUGCACUUUCCUCGGGAAUGGGGAUUGCAGCCUGCGUGCUGCAACCUCGAGCGACAAGACUGCCGAUAUCCGCCGUGCAUCGCCCACCUGCGAACUGGAAUCUAACAGAAUAUCGAUGGGUUCGAAACCGCCAGGGGGUUAAUAAAGAGGUAAUAAUACCGCCACCACCGUCAAGUUUAUCGGGAUCUAUCUUCCCGCCUUCCUACCCAGUUGGGCUAUGGCAGAACGCUAAGCUAGGCAGGUGUGCAGAAGUGCGCCAUCCGCGAAUUGAUUAUCGCUGUGCCGCGAGCAACCUCCACUAGACUGUAUUCAGUGAACUUUCAACCCGCAUGACGGGAGGUUUGGGAAUUGGUCACUCAGUGAACCGGGUCGGCAUGAGGUAGGGAGGACGUGAUUUCACGAGACGCGGGGCAGACGAGCUUCGUUACUGUGAGCAGGUGAAAGAGGCGGAGACUUUUUCGCCUUUUGCUCCCAGUCGCCCGUCACCCCCACGCAGUCUUCCUCGUCUUUCUCCCGGCUCUGCCUG